UCUCUGGGGACUCUCGAAUGAUUCUGACUUAUCAUGUCACUGAGCAGAGCUGGGGGAAGCCAACACUCGGAAUCUGCUGGCAAGGAAAAGAACGGAGGAAAAAAAAAAAAAAGACAGGGAGGGGCAAUCAGAGGGGGAGGAAAUAAAAAGAGAGAGAGAGGGAAAGACAAGCGUCAUUUAGGAACAGAGAUAGAGUGAAAGAAAGAACUGCAGGAUCUAAAACCAACCAUACAGUUCAGGAUUUUUGUUAUCUUUUCUUUUCCCCAGAGAAGAUUUUCCCGUCCUGUCAUUUUUAUUGACAAACGUGCUGUGGCAGGUUCUUUUCCCAGAAGUUGACCGGGAGGAGCUCAAGCUCUGCAGUUUCUUCCCUCCCAAGUCGCGUGGUUUCCCUGGUAAUGGAUUGCUUCUUCUCUCUGAGCUUCCACCCUGGUGAGACCCUCCAGGUCUAGUCUGUGAACUCGGCUAAAAAAACGCCGCUGUAAAAAUGACUGAAGAGCCUGUCAAGGAGAUCCUUGGAGUCCCAAAGCCUCCUAAACCAGGGACAAUGGAGAAGAAUCCCAAGGGCGAAGUUGUGGUCACCACGGUCCCCCUAGUCAGUGAGAUACAGCUGAUGGCCGCUACCGGGGGUGCUGAGCUCUCCUGCUACCGCUGUAUCAUCCCCUUCGCUGUGGUGGUCCUCAUCGCCGGGAUAGUGGCUACUGCAGUGGCGUACAGCUUUAAUUCCCAUGGCUCCAUCAUCUCCAUCUUUGGCCUGGUCCUUCUGUCCUCAGGACUUUUUUUGUUAGCCUCCAGCGCCUUGUGCUGGAAGGUGAGACAGAGAAGCAAGAAAGCCAAGAGACGGGAGAGUCAGACGGCUCUCGUGGCAAAUCAGAGAAGCUUGUUUGCUUAGGACUGAAGGAGACCAAACGGGAUAUGUGGCCUCUCCCUGGGUCGGCCAGUUCACCCAGAACUAGUGUGGGAGAGAACGGACUUGGCAUUGGAGCAGACUAGAGGAAUGGGGGUGGAUUGAUGGUGGGAGGGUAGACAGGGGUUCUCAUCUAUGAGGAAUGACAUAUCUUUUUUAAUGACAAACUUAACUCUAAGGGCUGUUUCUAAGACUGAAAAAUCAGCUUUUCCUCUACAUUAAACAUUUGAGGGGUCAUGGGAGGUGUGCAGUAUUAGACAACAUUUAGUUCACCUUGGAAAGUAGCCAAGAAAAGAUGAGAAAAUAAUCAAGUUCUGGCAUUCCUGUGACCUGCCUCCAAAAGACAUAACCCGCGGGGCUAAGAAGUUGUAUUGUAAAAAUGUUCUGCUGAGAGUCUAAAUUGCCUUGGACUUUGCAUAUUUCUAUGAAAUUCUAUGAUAAUUUCUUUUGUGAAUAAGUUGAUUCUCUGGCAUCUGUUUUAUUUUUCAGUUUUAAUAACUCAUAACUGGUGGUACUUUUCCUUGAAGAAUAAACUAAUAUUUUUUAUGUUUUAA